AUCCCCGACCCGCAGCUGCGAUGGCCGCGGCCGGCCAGGGCACGCCUGAGGAGGCGUGGUCCGCCCGCAGCGCCGAGGCCGCGGCCCGCGCCUGCGCGGCGGCGGCCCCGGGGCGGCGCACGGCGGUGGCGCGGAGGUUGGCCGCCGGGAGCGGCUUCGUGGUGGCGGGCGCGCUGGCCGCUGCGGCGCUGGUCGCAGGAGGCGGAUCGCUGCGGCAGCGGGCGCCCGCGGAGGCGUCCGCCCAAGACAUCGCGGAGGAGGUCCUGGGGCUGUCCUCGGUGAUCGACGAGGUCUCGGGCGCCGCGAACGCCCUUGGCAUCCUGGCGCCCCCCGUCUCCGCGGAGGGCGGGCAGUCCAUGGACCUGCUCGCCUACGCGGAGGAGCUCAACAGGACGACCUUCGGCAGGCAGCUGCAGUCGGGCAAGAAGAAGCACAUCAACCUAGGGGCGUGCGUCUCGCGGGCCAUCGCCACGGCCGCCUAUUUUGCGUUCGCGGGGAUCAACGUCGACAGCGCCACCAAGGUCUGUGGGAGCAACGGCGCCGUCGACAAAGGGAAGUUCGGGCAGCUGAACUGCGCGGUGGGCGCCGCCCUCGCCCGCCGGGGGGGCUCCGCGGACUUCCUCGCCGGGACCAUCGACGCGUGCUCGGGCGGCGAGCUGAAGGGCGCCAGCUGCGCGGCAGCCUCGAUGGAGCUGGUCGCGGCGCUCCUCUCGGCCUCUGCCGGCGCCACCGCGGCCGUGAUCAGCUGCGCGGGCAGCCACGUCAUGCUGCGCGCACUCGAG